UUAUUCACUAGUUCAUAGGUGCACUUUUGCAGGAUGCGACAGCUGUAUUGUGUUGGACGGAAAUGCCAAAAACCACCGGCAGGUGUGUAGUGUGAAGGACGCGUCGGUACAGUUCCCUUUACUUCCAGGGUCAGUGAAAACAGGGUGUACAAAUACACCAGCAAAGGGUUCGCGUUUCUGCGAAAAGUGCAGGGAAUUCGCUUGUGAUCCCAAAGGAAAGACAGAGGAGGCAGUUGCAGAGCUGAAAGUUGAAGCAAAUCUCGCCGACGAUCCGUAUCUAAUUGAAGAGAUCUUAGACAAGAAAAGUUUUCGGACAACAACACUUUACAAGGUCCGAAGAUUUCAAGAUAAAGAAGAGGUAUGGGAAAGGGAAGACUGUGUUCCAAAGAGGAUGAUAUCCAAGUUCGAAAGAGGCCUGCAGCGGCAGCUACAACCACGUGUUCUGGUGGAUCACUCUUUUGGCGUUUUGACAAACCAUGUACAACUAUCAGAAGACACGGCGGAUGACAAUCCCAAAAGGCGCAAAGGAGGGUCGGAUCUAUUCCAAACUAGUGGAUUUGCUGUAGAGAAAGACGGGGAUUUAACUGUCAAGGACGAUGAUGGAGAGAGAGGUAUAAAAUGCAACACGCAGAAGGACAAAAGUGGAGUUCGCCUGAAUGCCAUCUCUGCAGGUGUACUGGCAUUCAUUAAGCCAUGUAACAUUAUUCUUGGACUCCACGAGCUAUACUUGGCGGAGUCCAAGUCUCAGGUUUAUGGCCAUCUCCACAGUCUGUUGUCGAGAUCAGAAAUGGGAAAAACUGAAUACAUCAUCUACGAUGACGCUUGCCAUCUACGAAAAUUUGCACGGAACCCGGCAAGGGCAGACGCAACAGAAACAACAAGACGUCUCGCCAACAUGGAAAUGCUGGUGGACCGAAUGCACAUGAGGGGGCAUGUCGACCCAUGGUGUAAGAAGCAUUGUGGAACCUGGAGAUUCGAGGACUUAGAUUUGGUCAACACAGAAGUAUGCGAGCAAGUCUUCAGCUGGCUGUCAAGGUUUAACCGGAUGACGAAGCACAUGAACCAGCAUCGUUUUAUGUUUUUCUUACUUUAUAUUUCCCACUUACAUAAUGUACGUGAAGAACUGAAGCUCUCGAGUGCCGGACUGCUGGUAAUUUAGAAAAAUAACGAUUCCAAAUCAAAGUAUUUUCUCUUGUUCUCUUAUAUUCUCUAGAAUGUAAUAGUGAUGUCAUAGCACGGUAAAGCAUAUUUGAUUGUAUUCUAAGAAGCCGAAGAAGUUGAAAAGAGGGUAAAAAUGUUCAGAACGUGUAUCAAUUUUCUAAAUCAAGUAAUUCAAAGUAAACUCGGCAUAAAAAGUUUAUGAUAUUAACUUAAGUUGAUCGUAAUUCUGUUGUUUCUGCGUUAAUUUCAAUGUAUGAUAUAUCUAUAGAAAGCUUAUAUGAUUUUCUUUCCAGUUGUAUGAAAAUCAUCACCAUUGUUAACUAAAAAAAACGCACUAGGCCUGCUUACUUGAUUGGGUCACGAAAAAAAAGUGCGAAAAUUUCCCCGUUUCUGUUCUACACUGUAUCGAGCCGGGUUGUUAUUGCCGCAGGUUUGAAUGAUUCAAUCAAUCCAUUUAUCACGUAUCUUUUGGUAUACAGAACACUCAAGUUUAUUUCUAUCAUACCUGAGUAGAGUAUUUUUCUAUUGUUAAUUUAUGAAACAGGCACCAGGCCUGCUUACGUACGUGCUUACGUAGUCACAAAAAUAAAGUUCCGUAAUUACGCUACUCAAGACAAACACUACAUUCAACUCAUUUCCUUACGUCGGUAUUGACUUGUGAAUGUUGACAAGUUAAAUA